UUAAAACGAAAAAGCGAUUCGAAAAGAGAAAAUCAAAGAUCUCGAUCGAGAGAGAGAGAGAGAGAGAGAGGAGUUCAUUGCCAUGGAUUUUGCCGCGCAGCGCCGCUUAAGAGCAGUCUCCGGCCAUCUACUUGGAGGUGUAGAUCGUGAACAGAGCUCGCGACUUGAGAGCAACGCCACCGCCGGGGAGUUCGUCUCUGGCCAGGGCUAUAGUGUUGUUCUUCCUGAAAAAUUGCACACUGGGAAGUGGAAUGUAUAUAGAUCUGCGCUUUCACCUCUGAAGCUCGUGGAUGCAUAUCCUGAGCAACCAGAAAUCCGGACUCUUCAUGACAAUUUUGUGUAUGCUGUGGACACUUUCAGUGAUUACAAGUAUUUAGGCACCAGAAUUCGUUCGGAUGGAACUGUUGGAGAAUAUAAAUGGAUGACAUAUGGAGAAGCAGGUACAUCUAGGUCUGCUAUAGGUUCUGGCCUUGUUUAUCAUGGAAUACUUAAGGGUGCAUGUGUUGGAUUAUAUUUUAUAAACAGACCAGAGUGGAUUAUUGUGGAUCAUUCUUGUUCAGCAUACUCCUACAUAUCAGUUCCCUUAUAUGAUACGCUUGGGCCGGAUGCUGUGAAGUAUAUCAUAAAUCAUGCCACCGUGCAAGCUAUCUUUUGUGUGCCACAGACACUGAGCAAUUUAUUAAGUUUCUUAUCACAAAUGCCUUCUGUACGGUUGGUGGUGGUAGUUGGGGGUAUUGAGGAGAACAUGCCAACACUUCCUUCUACAUCUGGGGUAGAGAUUAUAUCUUAUUCAAGGUUACAUGAUGAGGGACACAGGAAUCUUCAGCCUUUUUGUCCCCCAAAACCAGAUGAUAUUGCUACUAUUUGCUAUACAAGUGGUACCACAGGCACACCAAAGGGUGCAAUCUUGUCUCAUGAAAAUCUAAUUGCAAAUGUUGCUGGUUCUAGCCUUAAGAUAAAAUUCUAUCCCUCAGACAUUUAUAUAUCAUACCUUCCUCUGGCACACAUUUAUGAGAGGACUAAUCAAAUUGCAAUGGUACACUUUGGGGUUGCUAUCGGUUUCUACCAAGGGGACAAUUUGAAAUUGAUGGAUGACAUAGCAGCACUUCGGCCUACAUUAUUUUCCAGUGUUCCUCGCUUGUAUAAUAGAAUUUAUUCUGGUAUUAUGAAUGCUGUAAAGAGUUCUGGGGGUUUGAGGGAGAAAUUAUUCAAUGCAGCCUACAAUGCCAAGAUGCAAGCUAUAUUGAACGGCAAAACACCAUCUCCAAUGUGGGAUCGGCUUGUGUUCAAUAAAAUAAGAGAAAAACUUGGAGGACGGGUACGGUGUUUGACAUCUGGUGCCUCUCCCCUAUCUCCUGAUGUCAUGGACUUUUUGCGAGUAUGCUUUGGCGGUCUAGUUCUUGAAGGUUAUGGAAUGACAGAAACAUCUUGUGUCAUAACUCUGAUGGAUGUAGGUGACAAUUUGACUGGUCAUGUUGGCUCUUUAAAUCCAUCUUGUGAAGUCAAGCUUGUUGAUGUUCCUGAAAUGAAUUACACCUCUGAUGAUCAACCUUAUCCACGUGGGGAGAUUUGUGUUCGGGGUCCUAUAGUUUUCCAAGGCUACUACAAAGAUGAUGCACAAACGAGAGAAGUUAUUGAUGUGGAUGGAUGGCUGCACACUGGAGACAUAGGAUUGUGGCUGCCUGGAGGGCGUCUUAAAAUCAUUGAUAGGAAAAAGAACAUUUUCAAAUUGGCUCAAGGUGAAUAUAUUGCUCCUGAGAAGAUUGAGAACGUAUAUGCCAAGUGCAAGUUUGUUGCUCAAUGUUUUGUAUAUGGUGAUAGCUUCAACUCAAGUCUGGUAGCAAUAAUAGCAGUUGAUCAUGAUGCAUUGAAAUCUUGGGCUGCUUCUGGAGGAAUCAAGUACGAUGAUUUACAACAGCUUUGCAAUGACCAGAGAGCGAGGGCCGCUGUACUGGCCGACAUGGAUAAUCUUGGAAAACAAGCUCAGCUUCGAGGUUUUGAAUUCGUAAAAGCUGUUACUCUAGUCUUAGAACCAUUCACUGUUGAAAACGGGCUCCUUACCCCGACAUUCAAGGUCAAGAGGCCUCAAGCCAAGGCCUAUUUUGCAAAGGCAAUUGAGAAUAUGUAUACCGAGCUAUCAAUAUCUGAUCCAUCACCACAGAGACCAUUGUAAAUGGCAUCAAAGUUCUAAUAGAAUAAAGGCACAAUGGGGCCUCUCACACAUCAUCAAAUCAAACCUAAUGGAAAAGUUGAUUUAUUUUGCAGUGGUUGCUUAUUAAAUGCAUACCAUUGAAUUUUUUAUUUUUAUUUUUUAAAAAACUAUUCAUAACAUAAUGUACCAAUCACAAUGAAAUCAGAACCUGUGUUUAUAUA